UUCAACAUCUAUCUAAUACCCAUAUCUUACGUCUCCUCUUAUUUUAUCACAAAAAUAAUUCAAAUUAUUAACACAAAACAAUGUCUUUUAAUAAAGAUUUGCGGCAAUUAAUAAAGCCGUAUUAUUGGAUUAACAUUUUACUCAGUGUUUCUUACGUUGCAAGCAAGCGGACGUCCGUAAUUUGUAAUUUCUUAUUCCCCGGUGCCGAUUGUGAACUAGACAGUCAUGAGACGGAAAUAUUGUUUUUCUUAAUUAUAGUUGUGAUGCUGAGGACUCGUAAGGCGGGAAGUGUGACAAUGAUCAAUUAUUUGUCGUCCUCGUUCGUUUAUACGAAGAUUACUAACUUAAUCCUGUGGUUUUAUGCCGAUAUAAGAUACGGUCUGCCAUAUGGAGCAAUAGUGAUCUUAUGUGCCCUACUGCUCCCCGAACCAACAUACUCCGGUCCAGAGCAUAUCACCUACUUCCGCGGCCAGCAGUCUCUUGAAGAUGAACUCAAAAGGCACAAGACAACAUGGCUAGUCUGUCUGUACGCGGCGUGGCAUCCAGCCUGCGUCAACUUCGCUCCAGUCUUCGCCGAAUUGUCAGCUAGUUACAGUUUGGAUAAUUUUAAAUUUGGAAAAUUGGAUGUGGGCAGGUACCCCGAGGCAGCUGCAAAAUACCGGAUACAGGACGGCCCGACCAGCAGACAGUUGCCUACAGUUCUUCUAUUCAGCGAAGGUCAAGAGAAAAUGAGAAGACCCCAGCCAGAUCACACUGGAAAACUUCAGAAAUUCUUAUUCUCAAAAGAUAAUAUGAAAGCGGCCUUCGAUAUAGACGGCCUAUACCAGGAAUGCAAAGAGAAGCUUUCAAAUGCCAAAAAUAAUAAGAAGACUGAGUAGACCAGUAAAAGACCGAGUAGACCGAGUAGACCAACAGUAGACCGAGCGUACCUAAGCACGAUAAGUAUUGUAAUGACUCGACAAAUUAGUUAAACGCAAGAAAUACUAUUAACCUAUUGCCUAAGUGAAUAAUGUACACCUAAGUGAAGCUUUUCUAUUUAUUUUAAGACAAUUUCGUUAUAUGCACAAUAUCUGAUUUGUAUUUUUUUUUUUAUAUUUAAAUAAGUUACAUUGAAUCUCUUAUUUAGGUUCGACCAAGUAGUAAAACUGUUUGCUGUGUGUAUUCCGGCAUAAAAUGGGCCACCGCUUCCUUUCCCAUGGGUUUUGUAAGAGAUGAAUAAGGGACGGUGUAGGAUGGGCAGCAACGUUCUUAUUAAAACAUCUCCAAGUGUCUUGCCAAGCGUGGCAGCUACUAGCAAACCUCCCGUUAUAGGGAAGGCUUAUGUCCAGCAGUGGACAGUUAGUAGCUGGAAUAUUAAGUAGUAAAACUGAUUAUUUUGUUCAAUCCCUUUACCAUUAUUAUUAUUAAAAAAAAACCAGGUUUUUUUUUUCAAACAGAAAAACCUGUGACACCGCGACCUUUCCAUGGUCUUUUGUGCUCGCCCUUUCUAAAGUUCGCUGCUAAUUUCCUAUCAGUGAUGGGAAUUUUAAGAUGUUCUUUGUAGCGAUGUUUUUUAUCUUACGAUACAGAGUGUGUUUUCCAAAGGAGAUCUCACUAUUAUAAAAAUUGAUUCAUUGAUAUUUUUUUUUAUACAACUUAGAAUGGCAAACAAGCUGGCGGCCCACCUGAUGGGAAGUGGUAACCGUCGCCUAUAGACAUGAGCAGUACCGUGGACAUAACAGAGUAUACUGUUUCGCUCAUGAUACUCGUUAUUUUUCGUGAGUUCUCCCAUUAUUCGUUACCUAUUCUCUUAUAUGUCUAAUUAUAAGCGUUGUUAAAGUAUAUUAAUAAAUUUGUGUUCAAAUUUACAUUAAGUAUGUGUGAAAUUGCUUUAAAUAGUUUUUUUUUUAAAUAAAUAUUUAUUGUUUAA